AUGAGCAGCCAGGGAGGAUUCGGUACGGGGAGCCCCAAGUCCUUCCGCUACCCCAGAGGCGGCGACUUCGAUCUCGAGUCCGGGUCCCCCCGCAAGGGCCGCAAGCCCAAGAACGCUCACCUCGAGACCUCGAUCGUCAUGAGGAUCCGCUACUUCUACGAGGCGCACCCCGUGGCCGUGGCCCUUAUCCUCCUCUCCUUCGGGCUCAGCGUCCUCGUCCUCCUGUCCGUUUACGAGACCCGGUUCAGGGCGAUGAGGAGCGUCGGUGCGUGGUCCAGUGACGGCCGGGAGUACCCAUUUCCAAAGCUUCGGAACCUCGUCAUGGUGGCUGGGCAUUCGAUCUACACGAGCUCGAGAUGCGGGGAGACUGAGAGCGAGAAUUCCUGGUUCUUGGAGCCGUACCAGAAGCACCCUGGACAGGCGGCCACCUUCCUGGCUCACAUCAAGGAGGGGGUGGGGAUCGCGGCCAGGGAUGAGGGGGCGCUCCUGUUGUUCAGCGGCGGGGAGACGAGGAGAGAUGCUGGCCCGAGGAGCGAGGCGCAGAGCUAUUGGGCUAUUGCCGAGUCGAAAGGAUGGUUUGGUGAGUUUUCAGCAAUUUCAACAUUUCUUGGUUGA